UGGUGUGGGAUUGGUGGUGCUUAUGCAUGCAAUUCUUGUGCAGCCUCCCAUCUACACAACAUUGUGUGUUGCUUCCAGCAAAGUUUUACUCAGGGCAGACAUGGGAUGAGGGAGAAAUCCAACUCAGUUCACAUUUAAAGGGGAACAGUAGUGGAGCUGUCUUUUUAGGGGGGGAACAACAUAGUUGGAGUACAGCAUUUUUAUGUUUUUUUUUAAAUGGUGCGGUGUGUUCUAUUACCUUUAGGGUUCAUACAGACUUCCUUUUGUGCUGUGUUUCUUGGCACAGGUCUACGCUUUAAAGGGCCGCGUCCGAGUGAUUUUCUUUUUGCCCUGGUGCUUUCCCCGUAAAAACCUGCCCUUUACCACUGAAAACCCAAACUGAUGUUUGAACGUCAAAGAGCAGGAGUUCGCAGGCAAAACUCUGGGGCAAAAAAGGUGCUCAGACAUGGCACUUUAAGGCAUGGAUCUCUGUCCAGAAAGUGCUGUGCAAAAGGUGAUGUAUAGUUAGCUUUCGGCUCCUGGUUCAUUCCCCUCCUGCCCCCCUAGAGAUGCUUCACUUCCCAUGGGGCUUUGCAGUUUUCCUCCCAUUCCUCCUGGGCCUGGCGUCGGACCCUCGCGAUCCCUGCUACGAUGCCAACCAUCACCCGCACUACUGCCUCCCUGAACUCUCUGAAGUGGCCUCGGGGCGCCUGGUGGAAGUAUCCAGCACGUGCGGGAACCCUCCCGGACGACUGUGCGCCUUCCGGGACUCCGCUGACCCAGCCUCGAAAUUCUGCCAGCGCUGCAAAGAAAAUGCCCACUUGCCAGAGUUCCUCACCGACGCCGAGGGCAGCGCCACUUGCUGGUGGUCCCAGCCGGCAGCUAACGCCACACUGACUUUGGCUCUAGGACGCCGGGUGGAAGUUCUCUAUGUGGCUCUGCGGUUCUGCUCCCCGCGGCCAGAAUCCCUCGCAAUUUACAAGUCAAUGGACUACGGGCGCACCUGGGUGCCCUUCCAGUUCUUCUCCACGCACUGCCGGCGGCGUUACCAUUUGCCGCCAACCACCGCCAUCCUAAAACACAUGGAGCACGAGGCAGCUUGCGUCGAAGCCCAAACAGCCCCCAAGCCCCUGACUGGGGGGCUGGUGGCCUUUAUGCCCCUGGCAGGUCGUCCCUCCGCCAGGAUGUUUGAGUACAGCCCCGUGCUCCAGGACUGGGUCACAGCUACUGACCUCCGUGUGUCGUUCGACCGCAUGCACCCGACACGGGUGCUGGGGUUGCGGAGGAAGGAGGCGUCCUACGGAGUGGCGGAGCUGCAGGUUGGGGCCCGGUGCAAAUGCAACGGACACGCCUCACGGUGCGCAGCCGGCCGGGACGGAGGGGCACCCCAGUGCGAGUGCCGCCACAACACAGCCGGGCUGGAGUGUGACACCUGCAAAGCCUUCUACUGGGACAGGCCCUGGCAGCGGGCAACCCCCAAAGAUGCGCAUGAGUGUGUGGCUUGCGACUGCCACCUCCAUUCCCACCGUUGCCGGUUCAGCAUGGAGCUCUUCGAACUCUCGGGGCGCAGAAGCGGAGGGAUCUGCUUGAACUGUCGCCACCACACGGCGGGGCGCCACUGCCAGUACUGCCUGCCAGGCUUCAAGCGGGACCUCAGCAGGCCCAUGGUGAGCAGCAAGGCCUGUAAAGCCUGCCAGUGUCAUCCCAUUGGUGCGGUUGGCACCAUUUGCAACCAGACCACAGGGCAGUGCCAGUGCAAGAAUGGAGUCGCCGGCCUGACCUGCAACCGCUGCGCUCCAGGUUUCCAGCAAAGCCGAAGCGCCCAUGCCCCCUGCAUGCGGAUACAGGAAGAGAUGACGACGACCAUCGCCCCGCCGCAGGAGUGGAAUGCAGGUGAGAAAGAAGGAGGGUUGAUUUGGGAGGUGGUUUUACACCAGCCUAACCUGAUGCAUUCAAUAGGUACUGAAUGUCAGACCCACUGUAAGCCACCGCGAGGACGUGUCCAGAUGAACCUGAGGAACUACUGCAAAAAGGAUUACGUUCUCCGCGCGCAGCUGUUGGCCAUGGAGAAGUCGGGCACGUGGUGGCAGUUCACGGCCUCGGUCCUCACCGUCUACCGCCAGCGCCGGGUGCCCAUUCGGCGGGGCGAGCAGCCGCUCUGGGUGCCUGAGCAGGACCUGGCGUGCCGCUGCCUCCACCUCCAAGUCGGCAAAUCUUACCUGGUGAUCGGCAACGACGAGGAGUCGCCCGACCCUGCCCGGUUAAUCCUCGACAAAAACAGCCUGGCCCUGCCCUGGAGGGAUGCCUGGGCACACAAACUGCGCAGUUUCCAGCAGCAAAGCAGGCGUGGGAAAUGUAGACUCAGCUGAGUCAGCACAG